AUGGACGCGGUGGAGUCCUCCUCCUCCUCGCCCUACUCGCCGCCCUCGCUGCGCCACAAGCUGCGGACCACCGUCUGCGGCUGCUUCGGCUCACCGUCGUCGCUGAGCAGCGACGCGGAGAGGCCACACACUGGCGGCGGCAGGACCAGGUGGAGGCGACGCGUGGCGGCCGCGGGGGAGUUCACGUACAACCCGCUCAGCUACGCGCUCAACUUCGACGACGGCGGCAGCAAGGACGGCGACGCCGAUGCGGAGGACGCCGCCUUCCGGCACAGAAACUUCAGCUCGCGCCUGCGUCCCUCGCCGGUGCCGGCCUCCCGAGCCGUCGCCAUCGCCUGAAGUACUGAAUCGUAGUAGUAGCGAUCGUCCUUUUUAGCCUUUUGUAGCUUCCGUCUCUCUGGUUUUCCUUCUUCUCUGAGCGAGACUGAAUCACUACGUCUGUAUAAAAGCAGUUUAUACGGCCGGGGAAAUGUACGUACCGAGGAGUGGCACUAGCAUCAUGU